CUUUCCGUAGCGUCCCGCGUCUGCCGCGCCCUCCCCCGGAGUGAAGGAGGCGGGUUUUGGCCUCUUGCCAUAGGGAGCGAGUGCGGAGGGAGUGGGAGUGGGACGGCCCCGAGUGGAAGUGUCUGCCUCUCCGGAGAGAGCCUGCUGUACUCCUCGCUGCUCAUGAGCUCGUUUUCCGGCGAGCAGCGCCGUCGUUAGGCCGGCCCCGUAGCCUCUGCUUCCCCCGGGACAGGCCCACGCCUCGCCGGGGAGGGGGCAGCCCGUCGAGGCGCCUCCCUUGUCAGCGUCUGCGUCGCGCUGCGACCCUGGAAGCGGGAGCCGCGGCGAGCGAGAGGAGGAGCCCCAGCGGCGGCGGCGGCGGGCAGCAGCACCAGCAGCGCCGGCGGGCGGGAUCGAGGCCGGCAACAUGGCGAGCGCCUCGUACCACAUUUCCAAUUUGCUGGAAAAAAUGACAUCCAGCGACAAGGACUUCAGGUUUAUGGCUACAAAUGAUUUGAUGACAGAACUGCAGAAAGAUUCCAUCAAGUUGGAUGAUGAUAGUGAAAGGAAGGUAGUGAAAAUGAUUUUGAAGUUACUGGAAGAUAAAAAUGGAGAGGUACAGAAUUUAGCUGUCAAAUGUCUUGGCCCUUUAGUGAGUAAAGUGAAAGAAUACCAAGUAGAGACAAUUGUAGAUACCCUCUGCACUAACAUGCUUUCUGAUAAAGAGCAACUUCGAGAUAUUUCGAGUAUUGGCCUUAAAACAGUAAUUGGAGAACUCCCUCCAGCUUCCAGUGGCUCUGCAUUAGCUGCUAAUGUAUGUAAAAAGAUUACUGGGCGUCUUACCAGUGCAAUAGCAAAGCAGGAAGAUGUCUCUGUUCAGCUAGAAGCCUUGGAUAUUAUGGCUGAUAUGCUGAGCAGGCAAGGAGGACUUCUUGUUAAUUUCCAUCCUUCAAUUCUGACCUGUCUGCUCCCCCAGUUGACCAGCCCUAGACUUGCAGUGAGGAAAAGAACCAUUAUUGCUCUUGGCCAUCUGGUUAUGAGCUGUGGAAAUAUAGUUUUUGUUGAUCUUAUUGAACAUCUUUUGUCAGAGUUGUCCAAAAAUGAUUCCAUGUCAACAACAAGAACCUACAUACAAUGUAUUGCUGCUAUUAGUAGGCAAGCUGGUCAUAGAAUAGGUGAAUACCUUGAGAAGAUAAUUCCUUUGGUGGUAAAAUUUUGUAACGUAGAUGACGAUGAAUUAAGAGAGUACUGCAUUCAAGCCUUUGAAUCAUUUGUGAGAAGAUGUCCUAAGGAAGUAUAUCCUCAUGUUUCUACCAUUAUAAAUAUAUGUCUUAAGUAUCUUACUUAUGAUCCAAAUUAUAAUUACGAUGAUGAAGAUGAAGAUGAAAAUGCCAUGGAUGCGGAUGGUGGUGAUGAUGAUGACCAAGGGAGUGAUGAUGAAUACAGUGACGAUGAUGACAUGAGUUGGAAAGUGAGACGUGCAGCUGCUAAGUGCUUGGAUGCUGUAGUUAGCACAAGGCAUGAAAUGCUUCCAGAAUUCUACAAGACCGUCUCUCCUGCACUGAUAUCCAGAUUUAAAGAGCGUGAAGAGAAUGUAAAGGCAGAUGUUUUUCAUGCAUACCUUUCUCUUUUGAAGCAAACUCGUCCUGUGCAAAGUUGGCUGUGUGACCCUGAUGCAAUGGAACAGGGAGAAACACCUUUAACAAUGCUUCAGAGUCAGGUUCCCAACAUUGUUAAAGCUCUGCACAAACAGAUGAAAGAAAAAAGUGUGAAGACCCGACAGUGUUGUUUUAACAUGUUAACUGAACUGGUAAAUGUAUUACCUGGGGCCCUAACACAACACAUUCCUGUACUUGUACCAGGAAUCAUUUUCUCACUGAAUGAUAAAUCAAGCUCGUCAAAUUUGAAGAUUGAUGCUUUGUCCUGUCUAUAUGUAAUCCUCUGUAACCACUCUCCUCAAGUCUUCCAUCCUCAUGUUCAAGCUUUGGUCCCUCCAGUGGUGGCUUGUGUUGGAGAUCCAUUUUACAAGAUUACAUCUGAAGCACUUCUUGUUACUCAACAGCUUGUCAAAGUAAUUCGUCCUUUAGAUCAGCCUUCCUCGUUUGAUGCGACUCCUUACAUCAAAGAUCUAUUUACCUGUACCAUUAAGAGGUUAAAAGCAGCUGACAUUGAUCAGGAAGUCAAGGAAAGGGCUAUUUCCUGUAUGGGACAAAUUAUUUGCAACCUUGGAGACAAUUUGGGCUCUGACUUGCCUAAUACCCUUCAGAUUUUCUUGGAGAGACUGAAGAAUGAGAUUACGCGGUUAACUACAGUGAAGGCGUUGACACUGAUUGCUGGGUCGCCUUUGAAGAUAGAUUUGAGGCCUGUCCUGGGAGAAGGGGUUCCUAUCCUUGCUUCAUUUCUCAGGAAAAACCAGAGAGCUUUGAAACUGGGUACCCUUUCUGCUCUAGAUAUUCUAAUUAAAAACUAUAGUGAUAGCCUGACAGCUGCCAUGAUUGAUGCAGUUCUAGAUGAGCUCCCACCUCUUAUCAGCGAAAGUGAUAUGCAUGUUUCACAGAUGGCUAUCAGUUUUCUUACCACACUGGCAAAAGUGUAUCCCUCCUCCCUUUCAAAGAUAAGUGGAUCCAUUCUCAAUGAACUUAUUGGACUUGUUAGAUCACCUUUAUUGCAAGGGGGAGCUCUUAGCGCCAUGCUAGACUUUUUCCAAGCUCUGGUUGUCACUGGAACAAAUAAUCUAGGAUACAUGGAUUUGUUGCGCAUGCUGACCGGUCCAGUUUAUUCUCAGAGCACAGCUCUUACUCAUAAGCAGUCUUAUUAUUCCAUUGCCAAAUGUGUAGCUGCUCUUACUCGAGCAUGCCCUAAAGAAGGACCAGCUGUAGUGGGUCAGUUUAUUCAAGAUGUCAAGAACUCAAGGUCUACAGAUUCUAUUCGCCUCUUAGCUCUACUUUCUCUUGGAGAAGUUGGGCAUCAUAUUGACUUAAGUGGGCAGCUGGAACUAAAAUCUGUCAUAUUAGAAGCCUUCUCAUCUCCUAGUGAAGAAGUCAAAUCAGCUGCGUCCUAUGCAUUAGGCAGCAUUAGUGUGGGCAACCUUCCUGAAUAUCUACCAUUUGUCUUACAAGAAAUAACCAGUCAACCCAAAAGGCAGUAUCUACUGCUUCAUUCCUUGAAGGAAAUUAUUAGCUCUGCAUCAGUGGUGGGCCUUAAACCAUAUGUUGAAAACAUCUGGGCCUUAUUGCUAAAGCACUGUGAGUGUGCAGAAGAAGGAACCAGGAAUGUUGUUGCUGAAUGUCUAGGCAAACUCACUCUAAUUGAUCCAGAAACUCUCCUUCCACGGCUUAAGGGGUACUUAAUAUCAGGCUCAUCAUAUGCCCGAAGCUCAGUGGUUACAGCUGUGAAGUUUACUAUUUCUGAUCAUCCACAGCCUAUUGAUCCACUAUUAAAGAACUGCAUAGGUGAUUUCCUAAAAACGUUGGAAGACCCAGAUUUGAAUGUAAGAAGAGUGGCCUUGGUCACAUUCAACUCAGCAGCACAUAAUAAGCCAUCAUUAAUAAGGGAUCUUCUAGAUACUGUUCUUCCACAUCUUUAUAAUGAAACAAAAGUUAGAAAGGAGCUUAUAAGAGAGGUAGAAAUGGGUCCAUUUAAGCAUACAGUUGAUGACGGCCUGGAUAUUAGAAAGGCAGCUUUUGAGUGUAUGUACACACUUCUGGACAGUUGUCUGGAUAGACUUGAUAUCUUUGAAUUUCUAAAUCAUGUUGAAGAUGGUUUGAAGGACCAUUAUGAUAUUAAGAUGCUAACAUUUUUAAUGUUGGUGAGACUCUCUACCCUUUGUCCAAGUGCAGUACUGCAGAGGUUGGACCGACUUGUUGAGCCAUUACGUGCUACAUGUACAACUAAGGUAAAAGCAAACUCAGUAAAGCAGGAGUUUGAAAAGCAAGAUGAACUAAAGCGAUCUGCCAUGAGAGCAGUAGCAGCACUGCUAACCAUUCCAGAAGCAGAGAAGAGUCCACUGAUGAGUGAAUUCCAGUCACAGAUCAGCUCUAACCCUGAGCUGGCAGCCAUCUUUGAAAGUAUCCAAAAAGAUUCAUCAUCCACUAACUUGGAAUCAAUGGACACUAGUUAGAUGUUGGUUCAACCUGGGGACCAUUACAUUGACCAUAUGAUGCACUGAAUUGACAGGUUAAUCAUAAGACAUGGAAAGAGAAGUAAAGCUUCAAAAUGUUCCACUUUUUUUUUUUUUUCCUUCAUGGAGACAGUUUGACUUUCUUCCAUUGUUGUUUUUGUAGCAUUUAUUUCAGAAAUAACAUAUUUCCAUAAUCCAGAGGUUGUAAAACCACUAAUGUUUUAGUGGUUAGGGCAACAUUUAAAAUGACAUCUAAAAGUAAAAGUUAGGAUUGAUGGAGAUAGGGUCCAGUAUCUAUUUACCCUGUAAUGUUUAGGAUUAAAAUGUUAAAAUUCUGUGA